AUGGGAGAUCUAAUAUCACUAUCCUCAGAUCAAAAGACAACCGGAAAAAUUGCAGAAGUGAGAGUAAUGAAAAUAGCUUACAGCGCUGUCGAAGAUUUGGGAGGGCGGCGGCGGCGGUGGGGAAGGAGGAAGACGAUCACGUUAUCGGAGAUAGCCAGUGGUCUCAUUGGUCUUGAGGCCACCUUCCCUCUCGUUUUAGAUGUCCAGGGGAUUGUGCUCUACGUUGCUUAUAGCCCGCAAGUUGCAUGCCCGGGACUGCUCCAGGUCACCCCUAACCUUGAAAACUCCCCCAUCUCCUUGAAACUUGAUAGCAACGUGGUAAGUAGAGACUAUCAUUCUGAAAUUGUUCAGCAGCGGUCGACCGAAUAUAGUGUUUCUAAGUUGGAGGUGAAUCCACUGAGAGAAAAUCUUCUCUUAUGCGUUUUGAAAACGCUGAAAGCAGCGUUUUCACAUCGCACAUAUCCAGUGCCGCGGUGUCCGGCGGGUUUCGCCGCCGCCGUCUUCCUGCUCUUUCUCUCAUUUGAUCGGUCCCUUGCCACAGCUGAACCCCAUCUCGAUUCGGCUCGUGUUGUCUUUCAGACAAACUACGGAGAUAUAGAGUUUGGUUUCUUUCCUGAGAUUGCCCCCAAGACCGUUGAUCACAUCUUCAAUCUUGGCCGGUUAGGUUGCUAUAAUACGGACCACUUCUUUCGGGUUGAUAAGGGUUUUGUUGCACAAGUUGCUGAUGUUGUUGGGGGCAGAACUGCGCCCAUGAAUGAAAAGCAGAGAUUUGAAGCUGAAAAAACUGUGAUUGGUGAAUUUAGUAAGACUAAACAUGUGAGAGGCAUUCUUUCAAUGGGGAGGUACUCAGACCCGGACAGUGCAUCUUCUUCCUUCUCAAUUCUUUUGGGAGAUGCUCCUCAUCUUGAUGGAGAGUAUGCCAUAUUUGGAAGGGUAACAAAGGGUGAGGAUACUUUAAAAAGGUUAGAGGAAGUUCCCACUCGUCGUGAAGGUAUUUUCGUGAUGCCUACAGAACGCAUCACUAUUUUGUCGACAUACUUCUAUGGUAGGAACACUGGACUUUAAUUAAACUGAAUUGUGCUGUUAUAGAUGAGAAUUUCUUUCU